UUCUUCUUGUUACCCCUAAUGCAGUUAUGUUUGAUCCUAAUGUAUCUGAUCAGUUAGUUAUUGAACAUGGACCUAUGGAGUUAUUGCACCGAUGUAAUUUGUUGUUAAUGCUGCUAUUUACUAUGAUAUAGCUCACAUGAGAGUGGGUAACUCUGAUGCACCAAAAGGUGAUUCUGCCAAACCAGAAAUUUACCACCCUAAAGAUAAGAAGGAAAAAACCGCAGAAAACCAAGGUGCUGAGGACAGCUCAAUUUCACCUGGAAAAGAGUCAUUACUAGUCAAGGAUGAGACAUUCCCAGAGCUGGCUCCUGGAAGGUCAUCCACAGAGGAGGAUGAUGCAGUUGAGAAUGAGAAUGGUGAUAAUGAAAGUGAGUGUUCCCUUCCUGCUGGCCGGGAAGGAAGUGCUUUCCCCAAGGCAUUUGAACGUGACCUAGUGACGCCAACAAAUCUUACUGUAUCACAAAAUACAAGUCGUCAAACUUCAGUGGAGGAAAAUUUAUUGCAAGAAGAGAAAAAAGAUGGUUUAGAAAGUUCUGGAGAUGAAGCGUUCACAAUGAUCCGGAAGAUGGAAGAGCGGAGAAUGUCGUCUUUAGAUCACCAUUGGGCUGUGCCAAAGCAGAAAGGAAGUCAGGACAGCAAGGACGGAGAUGGGGAGGUAGUCACCAAAAAUAAAGAUGAUUUGUGCCAUCUAUCAGCUGCCAUCGCAGAAGGGUUGGAUGAACAGGAGGGGAAUGGAAACCUCGUCAAAUCCUCUUGUCAUGAUUCUGGCAUUGAUAUCCGAGAUGCAGAUCAGCCCCCAUUGCCUCCCAUCAUCCCCUGUACUAAAAAGGUGUUCUCUGAUGCUGACAUUGUCAUGGCAUCAAAGAAUGAGUUUGUGCCACCAAUUACGGUUGCUCCUACAAACUACUUAACUGAACUGGAACAACAAUCAGGAGACGAUUCUGCAACAUCAGGGAGCAUGUUAGCUGCUGCACCUACAUCUAGAAAGAAGACAUCUUCAGUUUCAUUCUCUGUAGAUGAUGAAGGAAAGGAAGGAAAAGACAGCAAAGAAGAAGAUGCUGAUAAACAAGAAAGCCGUAAAAACAAAAUGUUGAAGAGGUUAUCAUAUCCAUUAGCAUGGAUGGAAGGAUUCACUGGUGACAAGGAUGAAAAAGAUACACUUCCUGGCCUUCCCUCCUCGGCAGAUUCCCAGUCGUCUGGUCAUUCUGGUUCUGGUUCUGGUUCUGGCCAACAUUCAUCUGUAUUCUCAAAAGUAUUUUCAAGUUCGCCUAUCAAUCUGGUGUCGGACUUUGGAUCGGGACUCUUCUUGAUGAAAACUCCUAGUGAAGAGAGUGGGGGCUCAGGUGGCACUCGGGGCGCCUCUCCGGGGCCCCCUCUAACUCCGGGGCCCGCGGACGCACCCCCGAGCCCUGAGAUAAGAGAAGUUCUAAAGGAGGGCAUUGAAACAGGAUUUUCUGUGGUUGGUAAUACAGCCACAUCAAUAAUCAGUAGCGUUAGUAACGUCGGGCGAUCAUCUGUGGGGACUUUCAUUGGAAGACAACAGACUGAAACAAAGGAGCCAAAAGAGCGCAGACCACCUGGACCGAAAUUUGAUAUCAGGAGUAUGGUUGAUGUAGAUGAAAUGCCAGAUCUCUUCCGCUCAAUAGACCUCCAUGCUCAUGCUCCUAAUUUUCCUCUACUUGAUGGACUUGAAUUAAUACCUCAGCCAGCACGCUCGUGUGAAGACCCUCCCCUUUACCUCAGGCUGCGAAUGGGUAAACCAGUCAAUAGGAAAAUUCCCAAGUCUACACCAAUAAUGUCUUAUGGGAAGAAAAAAAUGAGACCAGAGUACUGGUUUGGAAUUCCUCGGAACAGAGUGGAUGAUUUAUACAAGUUCCUGCACUUAUGGAUCCCUCACCUGUAUGGUGACCUUGAAGAUAUGGACUACAAGGCAAGAGGAUAUGAACUUGUCGAAUCUGACACAGAGUUGUGGGAUGAAGAACCGGGCAGCGAGAGCCAAGGAGAAGGCGGUCGCCGUGGUAGUGAUGAAGGGGAGUUGGCGGAGAUGACAAGAGAAUCCUGGGAGAUGGUGAAGGCUCCUUACGCUAAGCUCUACAGUAUCAUCAAGACUCAGACCAUGUCUGCUGACUCUGAACAAUGUGAUGAGCUGGUGUCGAUGAGCGAGGAGCUCCGGAGAGCCCUGUACGCCACGAAUUCUGCCAGCUUCGACUUCGAGUUCCUCGUGCCCGACCUGGUCGGAGUGACGGAGAUCCUCACCGAGGACCACCGCAAGGAGUUGUGUCGGCAUCUUCCAGCCCGUGCGGAAGGAUAUGUGUGGACUUUGGUGUUUAGCACAUCACAGCAUGGCUUCUCACUCAAUUCUAUGUACCGGAAGAUGCAGAGGCUAGAAAGUCCCAUCUUGUUAGUAAUCCAAGACACUGACAACAAUGUCUUUGGAGCUCUGACAUCUUGUGCACUGAAGGUCAGUGACCAUUUUUAUGGAACUGGCGAAUCCCUUUUAUUCCGGUUCCAGCCUCAAUUCCAGGUGUACAAUUGGACUGGAGAUAAUAUGUAUUUCAUUAAAGGCAACAAUGAAAGCCUUGCCAUUGGUGCAGGAGAUGGUCGGUUUGGCCUGUGGUUAGAUGGUGAUUUGUACCAAGGCCGUUCUCAGUCCUGCAGUACUUAUGGUAAUGACCCAUUAUCAAUCAAUGAAGACUUCGUUGUCAAAACAUUGGAGUGCUGGGCCUUUAUUUGAAUGGAAAAUGUCAGCAGCACAGCAUGCUACCAUUCCCAACUUAGAAUACUAGUCGUCUUUUUAAAUAUUGUGUGUGAACCCUGCCUCGGUGAACUCCUCAGAUUUUAUAAACAUAUGUGCAUCAUAUCAGCCAUUUUGUGUUUCCUCACAACAUGCUAAAUUGUUUUUUCUUUUGAGACAUUUUUGUUUUGUUGCUGAGGAUAUAUCUCAUUCAUACAUUUGUUUCCCUUUACGUGUUAACCACAUGAUUUGUGUUCAAAUUAUAUUGUCAGUUCUGCAUGAAAUUUUCCUUUGAGUAUGUCACAUCAGUCUUAUCUCUUGUGCAUAACUUGAAGAAAUUAAUGUGUGAAGAUAAAUAAUUCGAUGUUGCUUUAACAUGUUAAUGCUUUAUCUUAGAAAAGUACAUGUUAUCUGGCAUGAAAAUCAUUUAAAAUGUAGUACUUUUGGCAAAAUGUUAACCUUCUUUGGAGCCGUUUGAUUAGUGGCUUAAUAUUGCAGAUUCAUACAAGUUAUUCCGGAUAGGGGACUUGUGUGUAAAACUCUUUAGGGUGCUACUAAACAGAAAUAUACAGGCAUUGAUAAUGUAAUUUUGCUCUAGUUCGUUAUUUUCAUAUUUGCUAUCAGUUGAAGUAGAAUAGAUCAAAAUAUUUUCCAUAAUGUUCACAUUGCCCAUGAAGUUAUGAAAUUAUGUAAAACUUAAUUACUGUAUGAACAUAUGUUUGACUGUGGUAGAAUUAUAUCAGAAACUAGUUGCUCAAAAGUUUCAAUUCAAUGUAGUUACUAACUGUUGUGAUUAUGUCAAUGUGCUUUACCUAUCCUCUCUUUAGAAAGAGAGAGGACUAAGUAUAGGUAGUGUUUCAGAGUAUUGUAAAAAUAGUCAUGGGAUUUGAAAACCCACAAACCAAUCGUUAUCAGUGCUUGUUACAUCCCAUUGGUGAAAAGAACCAAUGGAAAUCAUUUAAGCAGCUCUACCUGCACACACAUAGCUGUAAAUAGACUAUACAUACGUGUAUUAUAAAUACCUUUUAUAUUUAUACUGUUUUAGAGUUUGUUGAUUUUUGCAACACAGAGCUUUGUAUCUAUUAGUUGUUGCAUAAAUGUCAUUGUAUGUUUGGUUCAUUCAUGUGUUUUGUGAAGUUGUGUUAACUUUUUGUGAUUAUUCAUUCACAGUGAAGUAAUUGUGUAGGAAUCUAUAAAUUUGCAUUAUCAUUCAAAUAUUUUGAGGAACCCCAUUAUAACUCUGUCUUGGCUGUUUUCAUGUGAGUUUUGUCUGGCGGUACCACAAAACUUAGAUAUGUGGUUGCUUUCUUUCUGGGCGAAUAUAUACAUAUUUAUUAUCCACAAAUGUGGUGAAAUGUUUGUUUGACAGAACGAAGAUAAAGUAUUGCAAUGUACACUUACAUUUCUCUUACUAAGGUGGCGCUUUAUGAGCAACUAUCAUAGUAAGUUUCUGUAGUACAAACUCUAUUUUAUAUAUUGUUAUGGACCAAAACAAUAAUUUGUCUUAUCCUCUCUCUCCUCAUAGUCAGUAAAAUGCUUGUCAAAUCAGCUUGUUUGGUUCAUCCUUCUGGAAAUUGUAGUGCAGUAAUUGCCUUGGAAUGGAAAAAGAGAGAGAUAGGAUUAGGCUGAGACAAUGGAAAUGCAAUGCAAGAGAGUGAUGGGGAUCAAGAUACUUAAAGCUAUGCUGAUCAUGUAUAUACUAGUGGAUGUCUGUAGUCAAAGGAUAACAAAUUUUUUAGAUCUAUAAAGAAAAGAGAAUGUCACAAUCUGAAAGAGGUGUGCUUUCUCUUUUGUGUCAAAAUAUCAUGCGUGUUGCGCAGUAGACUUAGCUUCAUGUGUGUUAUCUGUGCAGAAUUAGAGGAAAGAAAAGUAUUUUCCAGUUUUCAUUUGAAUCAUGUUAUUUUUAUUAAUUGAAAUGGUACCCAUAUUUCUCCUAAUGUCAGUCAUACAUGGAUCAGAAUCUAAUGAUUGUUACUUUUGAAGACUUCAACCAAUGCCAUAUUCUGUCAAACCCUAAUUAUGAAGUUAGGAUGUGCCAUGAUACAAAAGUUUGUUUCUGGAUACUCAUCCCAUUGCAAGUCUUCUAAUAUUUUAAAUUGUAUAUUUAUUUAUUUGUUUUUCGGAAUUGUUUUGCACUUCCUACUCUCUUUGAGAUUAUUUACAAUCUGUCGUCAUGCAUCAGAUUUGUGAUUCUAUGUAUUAUUUUGUUGCAGCUUUUUUUUUCUUUUGUUUUCUGUUUUGUUUAUUUCAUGAGAUGGUGUACUUUUGCAAAGAGACUGAGAGGAAUGUGGAGCCUGUAGUUUUACUUUCUGUUACUGUAUAUAUGUAAAAAUUUAACGUUAUUAAAAUACUUUCACUGCACAACA